AUGGCGUCAACAGGCAUGCCAGUGGAUGCUGCCGUUGUGACGUCGUUAACACUUGAAGGUAUUCUAUACGGCUUUUCUAUUUUCAUGUUUUUGGGUACAAUCUAUGCUUUGACCUACAACCGCCGCAGCGAUCGCCCAUCACUUGUGGUGGCUGUCCUGUUGUUGAUACUGAGCACCGCGCACAUCGUCGUCAACAUCAUUCGUGCAGAAGAUGGACUGGUGAAGUAUCGCGACACGUUCCUAGGCGGACCGGUGGCGUUCUUCGAGGAUGUUUCUCAGAUCACAUAUUUGAUCAAGAACGCCUUGUAUGUUAUGCAAACCCUGGUUGCUGAUGGUGUGGUGAUCUACCGCUGUUAUAUUGUGUGGCAAUCUACCCGGGUUAUCAUCCUGCCAUGCAUGUUGUGGUGCGGCGUCGCAGCGACUGGGUUUCAUGCGAUUUACAGCUGUUCGCAAGCCAGUGGUAGCAUCUACGUUCCGGAACUCGCGCAGUGGGUCAUGGCGUUUCUUGUCUUAACGAUUGCCACUAAUUUGUUGAGUUCUGGAUUACUGGCAUAUCGUAUUUGGAUGAUUGAACGCAGCGUUUUUAUAGUGCGUACUACGAAGAGCACUUUGAUGCCAAUAUUGCGCGUGCUUGUGGAUUCCGCUGUUUUAUACUCUGCAGUCCUCUUCCCUGCACUAAUAUGUUUCAUGCUCUCGAACACCGGAGAGGUUGUGGUGUUGAACAUGGCCAUGCCGAUCAUGUCGAUUGCCUUCUACAUGGUGCUCAUUCGCAUCGCAAUCAAUAGAAACCGUCGCUUCUCGACUCCUAGGACAGCGAGCGAGAUUGAACAAGGAAACUCACGACAAUAUCAUAUGAGCCCUUUACAAUUCCAUGUGUCCCAAUUUACCAACAGCGACCGUACUUCAGUUUACGAAACAGGGACUAAAGACCGACCAUCGAUACGCACAGCUGACUCUGAAUGAGGAACAUCACAGAAUGUGGUCACGAAUGUCGCCUAAAGACUAGAGUACGCGCUUUCCCUAGAAAUUUGCAUGUGCUUCUAAUCUAUUAUGUCUUCACACCUGCCUUCUGCCAUGACUUCGACAUAUUUUGCUGUGUUCAUAUGGACAUUUCGAAA